AUGUAUAACAACGAACUUCCUGUCAAGAGAAACCGCACGCAGUUGGCGACUAACCUGGAAAAAAUAAACAAUUGGGUAGAGUAUGUUGAGACACACGUCAUAAACCGUAGCCUCGACGAUACCCUUACUUUUCCGGUAGUCCAUGCCUCCUCGUUCUCGCAAUUUGUUGGGGCGAAGCUUUGCGAAUUCGCACCGUUGUGCUGUCAAUAUCGGCCUAACAUGUUGCCCAAUUGUGAAGGCAACGUAAAGCCUCGUGGUAAUGAUGCGCAACACUUUUACACUCUUUCGGGCGCAUCACAAAAUACCACUGAGGCAAAGCCUAUCAUACAGCACAACGCCUCUGAGAUAAUAAGGCUGCUCAGAGUUUAUAAAUUCGUACCGCUUCCUUGCGUACGAAGAAAAACAGUGUUGCGCUUUAGUGACGCUGUUGUUCACUACACCCCUUAA